AUGGCGUCGUUAUUUAGUUUCUCGGCACCGAUGGACAUUGAUGUCCGGCUUAAUGAUGAGCAUGAGCGGAGAACUGUGGAUGUAAAAUUAGACGGAUCUGCGAAAGAGUCGCUUCCGGUGUAUCUCGACGGCGAGAGUAUCCAGGGCACCGUCGUUAUUCAAGCGCGUAAUGGUAAGAAGCUGCAGCACGAUGGGAUAAAGGUUGAACUAGUUGGAAGCAUUGAAAUGUUUUUCGAUCGCGGCAAUCGUUACGAGUUCCUUUCCCUGGCCCAGGAGCUGGGCACGCCGGGCGGCGAGCUUCGGCAAAGCGAGACGUUGCCGUUCGAAUUCAAGGAUGUGGAAAUGAUGUACGAAAGCUACAGCGGCGUCAAUGUCAAGCUGCGUUACUUUUUGCGUGUCACCAUCAUGCGGCGGAUGGCGGAGGUCACCAAGGAGCGUGAGAUCUGGGUCCACUCGUUCCGACUCCCUCCAGAUGUAAACAACGCAAUCAAGAUGGAGGUGGGAAUUGAAGACUGUCUGCAUAUUGAGUUUGAAUACAACAAGUCCAAGUACCACUUGAAAGACGUGAUCGUCGGUAAGAUUUACUUUUUGCUGGUGCGCAUAAAGAUUAAGCACAUGGAACUUUCGAUUAUUCGAAGGGAGACCACAGGCAAUGCCCCGAACCAGUACAAUGAGUCCGAGACGAUAACCAAGUUUGAAAUUAUGGACGGCGCACCCGUACGCGGAGAGACAAUCCCGAUUCGGCUCUUUUUGGGCGGGUUCGAGCUCACGCCGACAUUCCGGGACGUGAAUAAAAAGUUCAGCGCGCGGUACUAUUUAAAUCUCGUGCUUGUGGACGAGGAGAAUCGCCGCUACUUUAAGCAGCAAGAGAUCACAUUUUUCCGCAUCCCCGAGAAUUAG